AUGGUUGCUAUCUUUAAAUCCAAACAAAAGCAACGAGCCAGCAUGGAAUUAUCCGAAAACCCGUUCAUUGUAGCGUUCAAAGUGCCAGCGAAUGAAACGGAGGAGGAAAGGGUACAUCGAGCUCGAGCGUUCCAAGACGCGCAACGUGUUUCCAGACAAAUCGACGAAAAUUUACAGGAGACAAAGAGGAAUCUGGAUAGAAGGAAAAGAGCGAUCAGGAUACUGCUUUUGGGUAUGUCGUUGAUUGUGUCGGUUUACUUCCAACUGGCAUUCACGCCUCAUCAGUUUCAGAAGGAAAGAGAUCUAUGGAAAACAAUAAUCCAACUUAACCUAAUCAGCUCAGUCAGAACGCUUUUGAACAUCCUCAACGACGUUGAUUCAAAUGUUCAAUCUCUCCUUACUCCCCCGCGAACUCCCGGAAGUCACCCCAAUUCUUCAUAUAGUAACAAGCUUCGGAGGAUUCACCUCGGUCUUUCUCCCCUCCUUUCACUGGAAAACGAUCUGAAUAGGAUGUUUUUUGCUACUGGCGGGCCUUCGCAUGAAAUCUGUGUUCCAGCAGGGAGCCGCUGGAAAUCCAAACUGGGAUUUCGGGACUCCGCCUCUGUGCAUCAAGACUUAAAACUAACGAAUGCUCAAAACGCGAUCAAAAGCAACCUGAUACAACUCCUAGAGGCAUCGAAGGACGAUAUCGACUCUCUAUGGAGAGAUGCGGAUGUCCAGCGGGCUCUGGGGGAACGUGAAGUGGAUUUACGGGAUACUCCUGGAUUUUUCUUGGAUGAUGUUGAACGAAUAGCAUCAGCUUCUUAUUGCCCCACAGAUUCUGAUAUCGUCCGCGCCAGAGUAAGGACCGAUGGAGUGGAGGAGCACCACUUAGUGGCCGAAUCAAGUAAACUGAAGGGAAAUGAAUUUUUCAUCACGGAUGUUAGCGGGGCAAGAAGCUCUCGUCAUUCCUGGAUUCCAUUCUUCGAUGAUUCACAUGCCAUACUGUUUCUGGCGCCUUUGGUGUUUAACCAGAUGCUAGAAGAAGAUCCUCGUGUUAACCGGCUCGAAGAUUCAUUAUUAUUAUGGAAGGAGAUCUGCUCAAAUGUCCUUCUCGCAAAUUGCAAUAUAAUCAUCUUCUUCAACAAGAUGGACAUUUUGCGACGAAUAUUAGAAAGUGGAGUCGAGGUACGGAAAUUCGUUCCAAGCUAUGGCAAUGCACCUAACGAAGUGGAAAGUGUUACGAAAUAUUUCAAAGACCGGUUCAAGACAUACCAUAAAAAGCUUUCCCCGAAGCCGCGGUCCUUUAUCUCCCACGAAACAUCUGCCAUAGUGAGUCGUCUUAAAGAUCUUCUUGGUGAUAAACGUUAA